AUGGACAUACAAUUAUAUAGAGCAAUAUUUAGAUCAAAUUUAAUAGAGAAAGCAUGUCAAGGAGGGAAUAUAGAAAUUAUAAAGACGUUGGUAGAACAAACAGAACCUGUACGAUUAUCAAGAGAAAGAUGUUAUAAUGGAGCAGCACGUGGAGGACAUUUAAAAGUAUUUGAAUACUUGUUUGACGAAAAGAAUAUAGCAAUUACAAGUGCAUCUGAAUUGUAUAGUACCAAUUUGGUUGACUUGAUUCAUGCAACGUCUAUUCAUGGGAAUGCAACCUACUACAAUUGGAUAGCAACUCAUUUACCAGAGAUUAAAGAUUACUUUAGUCAUUUGGAGAGUCCAGAUGCUCUAUUCAAGAUUGGUGAUAUUGGUCUAUUGCAACAUUACAUCAAGACCGUCCCACUCAACAAAUACUAUUACGGUAGUACCAACUCUUACACCUAUAUCUUGGAGCAUCCCGUAGAAAAGCAUUAUGAACUAUUCAAAAUAUUCUUUGGUAAAGAGAUGUGUCCCAACUUUAGAUACAGAGAUACAUUUGAAUUGUUGGAAUCACGUGUCAGAAAAUUACAUCCAACCAUCACGCAAGAACAAUACCAUCGUGUAUUGUCGAGUAGAUGUUGUUUCCUUAGCAACCGUCAUCUUCAAGAAUCUUUGGUACCUUUUGAAUUGUCUCUUUCAACCAAAGACAAUAGACAAGAAAUCAUCCAAGAUCUCUAUCAAUUCACAAGACAAUUUCACCACCUUUCAUGUUCAAACUUUUUUAAAUAUUUAACAAAACAUGAUAUUACCUUGGUAGAUUUAACUCAUACUCAAUUAAUAUUUCAAGAAAUUUGUUUUAGAAAUGAAAAUAUUGAUGAAGUAAUUGAAAUUGUUGAAUAUAUACUAUCAAAAGUUCCAAAUCUAAAAUUAGUAAAUUCACAAUAUCGAGGACCAAUUAAAACAUCAUGUAAAGCAAUGUAUGAAUACAUGUUGACUCAUUUUCCAAACUUUGUGGUUUGCGAUUUAGAUCCAAAGUUUUAUGACGAAUUGACAGUGGAAGAUGUUGGUACUAUGAAUCUUCGAGAUUCAUCCAAACCAUUCUUUUAUUUUAUCACUAAGGAAAACAUACCACUCAUCGAAGCAUUUUCUAAAAAAGGAGGUCAAGUUCUUUCAAGAUUCACUCUUCAAUCAAAAUGCAAGGUUCUAAAGACAUUGGCGCAAAUGCAAUUCUUUAAAUUAAGUAAUUUAAUAGAACCUCGAUUCAAACCAGUUCCAACUCUCACAUUCUUUAUCACACCCGAGACUCUAAUGCUUUUUGAAAGUAAAUUCCAAAAAGCCGAUCUCCAAACACUUCAAUCAAAGGCAUUGUCAAAAGGCAAUUUGUCAGUGUACAAAUUCAUCACUGAAAAGCAAAAAGAUCUCAGAUACGAUUCUGAAUUACCAAUCAAACAUAAUCGUAUCAAUAUCUUAAAUCACAUGCAAGAAUGUCAACCUAAAAAAUUUGACUUUAAAAAGGUAUUGGAUCAAAUUAUAAGUCAUGGAUCAGUUGAAUUGUUAAAAUACUAUCAAGAAAAGAAACCAAAAGAAACAAAAUUAUUCCUUGACCGUUUGGAUAUUUCAACAAAAAUCAUUCCUCUUUUAGCUCCAUCCUCGAGAGAAAUGGUUUUAUAUCUUUUGGAUUAUGGAUUCGAUUUUGAUUCAAAAUCUCUUUUACAAUAG